AUGGAUCAACCAUUCACCACCAUAUUCUCAACUCAAUCAACUGAUCCACCCCAUCCAUCCUCACCUAUUGAUGAAACCGUGGCUGCUGAUGUUGAAACCGAUAACGAAGGCUUUGGAGGAACGUUCGAAGCUCUUCAUUUUGAUCAAGACGAAGAAGAUUUCCCUGACCACAUGCUGAUGACCAUGAAGCAGUUUAAGAUUUUGGAUUCGAAAUUGAAUUCUAUCUUGCAAUCCCAAGCAGAUGUGGGCAGUGGUGGAGUUACAAGCAUGGAAGUUGAUUCAUUAAUGAAGGUGAUGGAAGGAAGGGUGAUUUCGAAGGCAUCAGGGUUGAUUAGGGAUUCGGAGAGUCGAGUUCUUGAGAAGGUUAAUCAGAAUGAUAUUUCUAUAGAGAAUCGAGUCAAUUCCCUGAGAUCUGAUUUUGUGACGGAUUUAAAGGAUCUAAAGAUUGUUACGAAGGAGCGUCAUGUGCUCUUCGUACAAGAAGUCAAGAAGGUACGCGAAGAUGUUAACUUGUAG